AUGGAAUUGGGUAGGCUUAAUAAUAUUCUGGUGGCAGCACCUGCUGUAUGUGCAGAGGUUACAGAUCAACCUAUUUGGUCAGCUUCAACUCAUGGGGUCCUAAAAGUUACAGAUUUGCAAAAGUUUGCUGUAGGUAAUGAUGGUGCCACCCUAAUUACAACUAAAUUAACUUGGCUCAAAUAUGUCCCUCCAAAGGUGCAGGUGCUUGGGUGGUUUGCUUGGAAAGGGAGAAUCAAGAUAAGGGAGUUCCUACAAAAAUUGGGUGUGAUCAGCCCUAAUGACCCUACAACCUGUGUGUUUUGUAACAGUGGUAGCGAAUUAGUGAACCAUGUCCUCAUUUGGUGUCCCUAUGUGUGGAAGAUCUGGGCUAGAAUGUUAAAGUGGUGGGAUAUCCAAUCUGCAUUGCCAUGGACUGUGGAGAGUCUUCUCUUGUGGUGGGUAGGGGGGAAGCUAAAGAAGAAAGAAAUGAUGAUUUGGGGGGCAAUUCCGUUGGCAGUGAUAUGGUCAGUUUGGAGAUGCAGGAAUGACUAUGUUUUCAGAGCAAAAGUACCAAAUGAAGAGGAUCUCUAUGUUGGUGUUGUUUUGGUCCAUACAGAUUUUAGUGGAGUUUGCUCAGCUCAUGGUGGUUAUUCUCAGCGCAAUUUGCCGAUCUGCAGUCUGCUCUACUUCUCUUCUUUGUAG